AUGGCGCUACUCCGAGCGCUCCGGCGAGCCCUUCCGGCGCUCUCCACGCCGGCGGCGGUUCUCCCCCGUCGCGCCCCGCAUCCACUUCCUCGUCCCCCCGCUCCUCUUCGGCUCCUGGAUCCGAUCGGGCUCCGCCCCUUCUCCGCGGCCGCCGCCGCCGUCACCGCCUCGCAGGCGCCGUCCAUGGGGGCCACCCUCUUCGGCGGGCUCAUGGACACCCGGUUCCCGAAGCGCCGGCCGGGCUUCGCCAACCGCCGGAAGAGGGCCAGCUUGCGCCCCAAAGGUCCAUACUACUGGGUGAAGUGCAAGCCUGACGAGCCCAUUCCAGCUAGCCAGCCGAACCAGGGGAGCGUGCGAGGGAGGAAGGAGAAGAAGCGGAUCAAGCAGCGCAAGGACUUUAUCAUGGCUGAGAAGAAGAAGCGCAGAGCACAGUAUUCUGCUGCUGUUAAGAGAAAGGAGGCAGAACGAACAGAAAGGAAGAUGGCUGCUGUGGCAAGAGAGCGGGCAUGGGCAGAAAGGUUGAUAGAGCUAAAACAGCUUGAGGAAGAAAAGAAAGCUGCAAUGGCAUAA